UACCUAAUUCCAACCACCUCCUUUCUACUCCAACAGCGCAGAUCCAGAGAGCCUGGGAGCCCCACCAGCUAGCGACCGAAGUCAUGGCUGAACGCCGCGCCUUCGCUCAGAAAAUUAGCAGGACUGUAGCAGCUGAGGUGAGGAAACAGAUUGCCGGCUAUGGGGGAUCCCCACAGCUCCUGAAAAACUUAAAUGUUGGUGCCAACACUUCCAGUAACACAGUUCCACUCACAGAAGCUGUGGACCCGGUGGAUUUUGAAGAAUAUCUGCACACUCAUCCUCCUGUUGUUGAAUCAGGCCCCCUGAGGGACCUCAUAGAGUUCCCACCUGAUGACAUUGAAGUGAUCUACACCCCCCGAGAGUGUCGCACACUAGUACAGGCUGUGCCGGAAGAGGGUGAUAAUGAUCCUCAUGUCAGAGACUGCACCAGAUCCUACACUGAAGACUGGGCGAUUGUAAAUCGAAAAUACCAUAAACUAGGGACAGGAUUCAACCCUAAUACUCUUGACAAACAAAAGGAGCGGCAGAAGGGGCUCCCAAAACAGGUCUUUGAAUCUGAUGAAAUGCCCGAUAACAGCAGCUACCAAGACGAUCAGAUUUAUUUCAAGAUCAAAACUUCAUGUUUGCAGGACGACCUUAAGAGAAGGUCCCUGUCUAUCGAUGACACGCCGCGUGGGAGCUGGGCCUGCAGUAUCUUUGACCUGAAGAACUCCCUCCCUGACGCACUGCUGCCCAACCUGCUGGACAGGGCCCCGAAUGAGGAGAUCGAUCGGCAGAACGAGGAGACCAGGAAAUCAAGCAGGCACCGGGAGCUAUUUGCCCUUCACCCUGCUCUGGAUGAGGAAGAGCCCAUUGAACGACACUGUGUGCCUGAUGUCCCUAAAGAACACUUUGGCCAGAGGCUGCUUGUUAAGUGCUUAUCGCUGAAGUUUGAAAUUGAAAUUGAGCCCAUUUUCGCAAGUUUGGCCCUUUAUGAUGUGAAGGAGAAAAAGAAGAUUUCCGAAAACUUUUUUUUUGACCUAAAUUCUGAGCAAAUGAAAUCGAUGCUCCGGCCUCACAUUCAGACUGCCGCCAUCUCCACUCUCGCCCGUUCCGCCAUCUUCUCCAUUACCUACCCCUCACAAGACGUCUUCCUGGUCAUAAAGCUGGAGAAAGUAUUGCAGCAGGGUGAUAUUGGAGAAUGUGCUGAGCCAUACAUGGUCUUCAAAGAGUCUGAUACAGCCAAAAACAAGGAGAAGCUGGAGAAGUUGCGAAGCCAGUCGGAACAGUUUUGUCAGAGGCUGGGGAGAUAUCGGAUGCCCUUUGCCUGGACAGCGAUCCACCUGAUGAACAUUGUGAACAGUGCUGGUAGCUUGGAGAGGGACACCACUGACCUGGAAAUUGGAAUGCCGGAGCGCAAAGGCUCCUGGUCAGAAAGGAGGAACUCGAGCAUUGUGGGCCGCCGAUCUCUCGAGAGGACAACCAGUGGAGACGAGUCUUGCAACCUGACGAGUUUCCGCCCUGCCACACUUACUGUCACCAACUUCUUCAAACAGGAGGGAGACCGGCUGAGUGAUGAGGAUCUGUACAAAUUCCUUGCAGACAUGAGGAGGCCUUCUUCAGUUCUAAGGAGACUGAGACCAAUCACAGCCCAGUUGAAGAUAGAUAUCUCGCCUGCCCCAGAAAACCCACACUACUGCCUGACUCCAGAGCUGCUACAGGUCAAACCCUACCCAGACAGCAGAGUCCGGCCCACUAGAGAAAUACUGGAGUUUCCAGCAAAGGACAUUUAUGUACCAAACACAACAUACAGAAACCUGUUGUAUGUGUACCCCCAAAGUCUAAAUUUUGCCAAUCGCCAGGGCUCCGCUCGAAACAUCACUGUGAAGGUGCAGUUCAUGAACGGGGAAGACCCCAGCAAUGCCAUGCCGGUGAUUUAUGGUAAAUCCAGCUGUUCUGAAUUUUCCAAAGAAGCUUACACUGCUGUAGUGUAUCACAACAGAUCGCCGGAUUUCCACGAUGAAAUAAAAAUCAAACUUCCUGCCUCUUUGACGGAUCACCAUCACAUCCUCUUCACGUUCUACCAUGUCAGCUGCCAGCAGAAACAGAAUACGCCCUUGGAGACGCCAGUGGGAUACACGUGGAUACCGAUGCUGCAGAAUGGCCGUCUGAGAACGGGACACUUCUGUCUGCCUGUGUCUUUGGAGAAGCCCCCUCAGUCCUACUCGGUCCUCUCCCCUGAUGUGCCGCUUCCCGGAAUGAAAUGGGUUGAUAACCACCGAGGUGUCUUCAAUGUCGAAGUUGUGUCAGUUUCAACAAUUCACACGCAGGAUCAGUACCUGGACAAGUUCUUUGCUCUUGUUCAUGCACUGGAUGAGCACAUGUUCCCAGUACGAAUUGGGGACAUGAGAAUUAUGGAGAACAAUCUGGAGACAGAACUGAAGUCUAGCAUUGCUGCCUUAAAUUCCUCUCAGCUGGAGCCAAUUGUUCGGUUUCUUCAUCUGCUGCUGGACAAGCUCGUUCUGCUGGUCGUAAGGCCUCCGGUCAUUGCGGGACAGAUAGUGAACCUUGGCCAAGGCUCUUUUGAAGUUAUGGCUUCCAUUGUCAACCGGCUCCAUAAAUACUUGGACAGCAACCAGGACCAGCAUGGGAGAAACAGUCUGUUGUCCUCAUACAUUUAUUAUGUGUUUCGGCUGCCAAAUACUGAUCCUAACUCUCCAUCACCAGGGCCAGGAGGCCUGGGAGGCUCAGUGCACUACGCCACCAUGGCUCGGUCAGCAGUGAGACCGGCCAGUCUGAACCUCAAUCGUUCCAGGAGCCUCAGCAACAGCAACCCGGACAUCUCCGGGACUCCCACUUCCCCCGACGAUGAAGUAAGAUCAAUCAUUGGCAGCAAGGGGUUAGAUCGCUCCAACUCCUGGGUUAACACAGCUGGCUGUAAAGGGGCGCCCUGGGGCGCCAACCCCAGCUCCAGUACUGAAUUCAUGCAGGCCAUGGAGCGAAGUGGCAAUCGCAUGUCAUCGCACACUGAGACUGCAAGUUUCUUGCAAACUUUAACAGGACGGUUACCAACUAAAAAGCUGUUCCAUGAAGAGCUGGCCCUGCAGUGGGUAGUGAGCAGUGGUAGCGUGCGGGAAGGAGCCUUGCAGCAGGCUUGGUUCUUCUUCGAGCUUAUGGUGAAAAGUAUAAUACAUCACUUGUACUUCACGGACCGGCUAGACUCUCCAAGGAAGAAUCGCUUCCCUGAGCGGUUUAUGGACGACAUAACAGCCUUGGUUAGCACUAUAGCAGGAGAUAUUGUCUCCAGGUUUCAAAAGGAUCUAGAGCUGGUAGAAAGGCUGAACACCAGUCUAGCCUUUUUUCUGAAUGACUUGCUUUCAGUCAUGGACAGGGGCUUUGUCUUCAGUCUGAUCAAGACCUACUGGAAACAGGUGUCGACCAAGCUGUAUGCUCUUCAAUGUCCAACAGUAUUGGUGUCUCUUCGAUUGGAUUUCCUUCGAAUCGUUUGCAGUCAUGAACAUUACGUCACCCUGAACUUGCCCUGCAGUCUGCUGACCCCACCAGCCUCUCCCUCUCCCUCUGUGUCCUCUGCUACAUCUCAGAGUUCUGGAUUUUCCACACAUGUCCAGGAUCAGAAGAUUGCCAACAUGUUUGAGCUCUCUGUUCCUUUCCGGGAGCAACAUUACCUUGCAGGGCUCGUGCUGACCGAACUGGCUCUGAUUCUGGAUCCAGAGGCAGAUGGGAUGUUCGGAUUGCACAAGAAGGUCAUCAGCGUGGUGCACAACCUCCUGUCGAGUCACGACUCCGACCCGCGAUAUGCCGACAUCGAGGUGAAGGCACGAGUCGCCAUGCUCUACUUGCCACUCAUUGGCAUCGUUAUGGAGACACUUCCUCAGCUGCACGACUUCACAGAGUCGCACAACCAGCGGGGAAGGCCAAGCUGCGCCGGGGGCGAUGACCACGAGGUCGAAGGCAACAGCAUGAUCAGUCAGACAGUUGCCAUGGCGAUAGCAGGAACGUCUGUUCCACAGCUGUCCCGGCCUAGCAGCUUCCUGCUCAACCCUACGGCCGGGAGGCAGCACGGCUCUUUCUCCCCGGAGUCGAGCCGAAGCCUCCUGAUCUGUCUUCUCUGGGUCCUGAAGAACGCGGACGAAAUGAUCCUGCAGAAGUGGUUCACCGACCUGUCGGUCAUGCAGCUCAACCGCUUGCUUGAUAUGCUGUACCUUUGUGUUUCAUGCUUUGAAUACAAGGGGAAAAAAGCCUUUGAAAGGAUGAACAGUUUAACGUUUAAGAAGUCAAAGGACAUGAAGGCGAAGCUGGAGGAAGCAAUCCUGGGCAGCAUUGGAGCACGACAGGAAAUGGUGCGCCGCAGCCGCGGACAGCUGGAGAGGAGUCCAUCGGGGAGUGCCUUUGGAAGCCAGGAAAACUUGAGGUGGAGAAAAGACAUGACACAUUGGCGUCAAAACAGCGAAAAGUUAGACAAGAGCCAGAAAGCUGUCAGAACCAGAGCAGAGCUAGAACAUGAAGCGCUUAUCGAUGGCAAUCUGGCAACAGAAGCCAAUUUGAUCAUUUUGGACACCUUGGAAAUUAUUGUACAGACGGUGUCGGUGACUGAGUCAAAGGAGAGUGUUCUGGGCGGGGUGCUGAAGGUGCUGCUGCACAGCAUGGCCUGUAACCAGAGCGCCCUCUACCUGCAGCACUGCUUUGCCACACAGAGAGCCCUCGUCUCGAAGUUUCCGGAGCUGCUGUUCGAGGAGGAGACGGAGCAGUGCGCCGACCUGUGUCUGCGGCUGUUGAGGAACUGCAGCAGCAGCAUUGGCACCAUCCGCUCCCACGCCAGCGCCUCGCUGUACCUGCUCAUGAGGCAGAACUUCGAGAUCGGCAACAACUUUGCAAGAGUGAAAAUGCAGGUGACCAUGUCCCUGUCCUCUUUAGUGGGGACAUCUCAGAACUUCAAUGAAGAGUACUUGAGGCGGUCCCUAAAGACUAUUCUCACUUAUGCCGAAGAAGAUUUGGAACUGAGGGAAACAACAUUUCCUGAUCAGGUCCAAGAUCUCGUGUUUAACCUUCACAUGAUCCUGUCUGAUACGGUGAAAAUGAAGGAGCACCAGGAGGAUCCAGAAAUGCUGAUUGAUCUCAUGUACAGAAUUGCCAAAGGGUACCAGACAUCUCCGGACCUCCGGCUGACUUGGCUGCAGAACAUGGCUGGGAAGCACUCGGAGAGAAACAACCACGCGGAGGCAGCGCAGUGCCUGGUCCACUCCGCUGCCCUAGUGGCCGAGUACCUCAGCAUGCUGGAGGACCGCAAAUACCUGCCUGUGGGCUGCGUCACUUUCCAGAACAUCUCCUCGAACGUGCUGGAGGAGUCGGCAGUGUCGGAUGACGUGGUUUCGCCAGACGAAGAGGGGAUCUGCUCAGGGAAGUACUUCACGGAGGCCGGGCUGGUGGGGCUGCUGGAACAGGCGGCAGCGUCUUUCUCCAUGGCUGGAAUGUAUGAGGCAGUGAACGAGGUUUAUAAAGUGUUGAUUCCAAUCCACGAGGCCAACAGGGAUGCCAAGAAGCUUGCCACAAUACAUGGUAAACUGCAGGAAGCCUUUGGCAAAAUUGUCCAUCAGAGUACAGGCUGGGAGGAUGGUAAGAGAAUGUUUGGCACAUAUUUCCGGGUUGGGUUUUAUGGAUCUAAAUUUGGAGACUUGGAUGAACAAGAAUUUGUUUACAAGGAACCGGCAAUAACAAAGCUUGCAGAAAUUUCUCACAGAUUGGAGGGAUUUUACGGAGAAAGGUUUGGAGAAGACCAAGUGGAGGUCAUAAAAGACUCCAAUCCUGUGGACAAAUGCAAACUCGAUCCAAACAAGGCAUUCGUUCAGAUAACAUAUGUGGAGCCCUACUUUGACACUUACGAAAUGAAAGAUCGAAUAACAUACUUUGAUAAAAACUACAACUUGCGGCGCUUCGUGUAUUGCACACCCUUUACGCUGGAUGGCCGGGCUCAUGGUGAACUUCACGAGCAAUUCAAACGCAAGACAAUCAUGACCACCUCCCAUGCCUUCCCCUAUAUCAAGACGCGCAUUAACGUCAUCCACAAAGAAGAGAUCAUUUCAACACCCAUUGAAGUCGCCAUUGAGGACAUGCAGAAGAAAACGCAGGAGCUUGCCUUUGCCACACACCAGGAACCUGCCGACCCAAAGAUGCUGCAGAUGGUGCUCCAGGGUUCUGUGGGAACUACUGUCAAUCAGGGUCCCCUUGAAGUUGCUCAAGUGUUCUUGUCAGAAAUACCCAGUGAUCCAAAGCUGUACAGACAUCACAAUAAACUGCGACUGUGCUUCAAGGACUUUACAAAAAGGUGUGAAGAUGCCCUUCGCAAAAACAAGAGUUUGAUUGGCCCAGACCAGAAAGAAUACCAGCGAGAGUUAGAGAGGAACUAUCACCGCCUCAAGGAAUCCCUACAGCCCCUGAUAAACCGGAAGAUUCCCCAGCUUUACAAGCCAGUAUUACAGGUCAAUUCCCACAGCAAACGGAGCACUUAACAAGGUAGUCUAAAAGAUUCCUUCAGCAGACUGAGUCUUCGAAAAUUGGAUAUUUGAAAAAGUAUUCUUGCGUUAAUAGAGAGGUCUAUUCAGUAUUCAUGUGAGUAAAACACUACAGUGUUAAACCCUGGUACGUCAUUCCAGUUCUUUGGUGGUUUACAGACUUUUACAAUCUUGUGUUAUUAUCUGUAUUGAAUUUUAAAGUGGGUCUUAUGACGGUAUGUGUUAAAAUAUGGAUAACCUAACAAAAUGUGCACAUUAAUAAUUUUGUCUUGAUGGAUUUUGUUACAUUGUGUACAACUUGAAAAAAUUAUAUUUAAUCACAAAACAGGCAAAAAUGUACCACUAUUUAUCAAAAAAGUAAUGGUUUAUUAUUUUAGUUACUUCAUUUGUUAAAUUAGAAAAAUGUUUUAAAUGUCCUGAAAAAGUUUUAUGUAGGUUUUGUUUACUUUAAAUAUUUUACUAAAUAAAUUUUAAUGUCUGUAAUCUGUGCAUAAAUGAUUUAUUUGCUAACAUGGGUACUCAAAAAUUCAUGUAAAAUUUGAUUUCAGCAUAAUUAGCACAUACACCUUUAAUAAAACAAUGUAAGAAACAACUUUACACAUGAGUAGAAAAUAAUGUAAACUUUAUAAAUCCAUUAAUAGCUAUAUCAUAUAGUGCCACUGACUAUCACAAUUUGAAUACUAACAAAUUUGGAAUUUACAAAAUAAAUCAACUGUAGCAAAGACAGUAAUAGACCUCUGUGGUCAUUCUCCCAAGUGUCAAAAACAUUGAACCUCAAAUCUAACUCAAUUUAUACAGCCAAAACAAACUGAGAUUUUGUUACGAGCAGAUAAUUCUCAAAAGCAGUUUUUAGGUUUAUAAAAUGUUAGCAUUUGACUAUGUAUAUAAAGAUGACUUUUUAAGAUCAAAGACAUUUUCUCAUGUGACUUUGGCCUUGUAUUUGAGCUGUAUGCUACUGUAUGCCAUUACCCCUAUAAAAGAACAUGGUUAAAAUAAAGCAAAACUUUAUUCACUGUA